GCUUUUUUUUUUGAGCCGGUCAUUGAACAACGGGAUGUUAUUGGUCGAUCGCCGUGACACAUGCUCGCGUGCACUGGGAUCGGAGAUCUGGUGAAUGCUGUUUGUAUCGUUGCUGAUUUCAUCGACGAUACGAUUGCCGCAAUCGUAAUAGACACCGAUCGUCUAGAAGCCGCAUCGAUUGGCUAUUGUUUGUAGAUCCUCAGGUGGUGUAUCUGUUAUUGUUGCUGUUAUUGUUGUCGUCGUUGUCGUCGUCGUCGUCGUCGUUUCGUCGCGGGGAUCGGUGGGAGAAUGCGAUCCUUCGUACGUUCUGACGCAUGGUGGUGCAUCGGAUUGUUGUACACUCGAUGUGAUCCACUCGAUUACUGGCCGGGUUGUCGUUCUCCCAGUGUGUGAAUCGAAAUGAACAUAACGAUAACCACAGUCUUUCUAUAUAAUUGUAGCGCACGACCGUUCGAUCGAGUCUAUAAUAAUUCUUCGCAAUAUCCGCGCGAUAAUUGCUCGUUUUCGCUGCCACGUGUUCGUGCCUAGAUUCGAAGAUCGGCGUGGUCGGGCAGUGUCAUCAUCGAUUGAUUGUGGUCUCCUGUAAAACCCAUCAAGCCUUGAUGGGAUUGUCACGUGUUGGUGGGACGUUUGUGAGCUCGAGAGUCAUCGUGGAGCGAAGAGUGUCGUGCUGGAAUUGACCAGUCAGGACCCGCGAUGAACGAUGGUUCUUUCGAUCGAUCGCAAUUCGCGGCGUCGUACCGAAAGAACGCAUUCGAUUUGCGAGAAGAGCGGAUUUUUCAUUUCGGAUUGCCAAGGAGUAAGUAGCCGUGAUGUGACUACGAUAUUAGAAACGACAAUCUAGGAGAAUAAAAGAGAGGAAGAACAGAAGAAUAAGUUCCCGAUAGGACUGAGAUAUUAUGUCGGACACCAUGACCUCUGCAGAUAUUAAGAGCGCAGAAAUAGGGAACCCGCCGUCGGCUAAUUCGCACAACAAUGCAUGACUCCGCUGGAGCAGCCGAACGGAAUCCCCGCCUCGAUUCGAGCGUUUAUUUCACCGCUAACGUCAACCAAGAAAGCGACUAAAAUUAACGACUCAUACAUUGGCCGCUUUUAUUUCGGGACUCGGCAAAAGGCUCCACAGCUGCGCGAAGGAUGUCAGGCCGUUGAGCCUGGUCCCAGAGGCUACGCGUCCUCGAAAGAUGCUCGCGAGACUUGGUUGGCUCAGCGGGUGAACCGAAUGGAAGGAUGUUUCAUCCGGCGUUCUGACUGCCUAUGGAUAUAUUCGGCCGUUGCAACGGCGGCGGCAGCGGAAGCACGGUAGCCGGAAGCGGUGCCGGCCCGGUGAGGACGUCCAGCAACGAGUCCGCUGGUGCUGGUGGUGGCACGUCGAGCGGUACCAGCGAGAGCGGUAGCGCGAGCGGCAGGAUGCAGUUGACAGGGGCCUCGGCUCCUGGCGCGGCCGCCUCGCCGGAGUCGGGCGUCUCUCCGUUGACCGACGCCUACACCAAGAUGACCAGCGACAUUCUCGCCGAGAGGACUCUGGGCGACUUCGUCAGCGAGCAUCCCGGCGAGCUGGUCAGAACAGGGUCGCCGCACUUGGUCUGCACCGUCUUGCCCGCGCAUUGGAGGUCUAACAAGACUCUCCCUGUGGCAUUCAAGGUCGUGGCUCUCGGCGAGGUGGGCGACGGCACUCUUGUCACCGUUCGCGCUGGCAACGAUGAGAACUGCUGCGCCGAACUGAGAAAUUCGACAGCUCUGAUGAAAAAUCAGGUUGCCAAGUUCAACGACUUGAGGUUCGUCGGCAGAAGCGGUAGAGGCAAGAGCUUCACCUUAACGAUAACGGUGUCGACAACGCCGCCUCAAGUCGCCACCUACACCAAGGCCAUCAAGGUGACGGUGGAUGGGCCGCGCGAACCGCGAUCCAAGACCAGUGAGUAUCACUUGCUGUCUCUUUUAGGGCAGCAACAACAAUUUCACGCCUUCGCGUUCGCCUCGCAACGGGGCGGCCCGUUCUUCGCCUCUCCUCUGGUGGAUCCGCUGCAACCUCUGCCGAAUCCGUUGCAACCGUUACCGAAUCCGCUGCAGCCAAGGGAUCCGUUGUCUUCCUUUAGACACGCGAUGCCUGGCAAUUGUCAGAAUAUGUCCCAGUUCGGCCUGACAGCGAGCAAUUCUUGGGGGUACGGCAGCACGGCCGGCUACGCCGGCUACCUUCCGGGUCCCUUGUCGUCGUGCGCCGCACAGGCGUCAUUUCCACCUCCGCCGCCACCCCCUCCGCCACCUCCGCCGUCGUCUACGUUGGCGUCCUUCGCCGGCACGGCCUCCAUGAGCACACCGACGGCACCGGACUCGACGGCGGGUUCGACCGUCACAUCCGGCACCGGAACGGGCUCCACGCCGCAGCAGGACGCCUUCUCCGCGGUCUCCUCUCUUGUGCCAGACACCACGACACCAGGCCAGUCGGAUCCGUUGGACCCGCUGAGCAGCCUCAUGUCUGGCGGCUCCACCCAGUCCAGGUACCAGGACUACGUGUCGCCCCGAUCGUUGUCUACUGACUCCAGCACGACCGAGAGCCCGGUGCACGAAGAACAGGGAUUCGGGCAGAAUUACGGCAACUACUUCCCGACGCCCGGCGUGCUGCCCAGCAUCCUCUACUCGCAGCUGUACGGCAAUCAGUUCCAGAAUUCGGAGAGCGCGGAACAGAGAGCCGUCGCGGACAGCUGCAGCGUGAGGCAAGAGGAAGUCAGACCGGACAACAACGUCUGGAGACCGUACUGAGAAGCGGAAGCGCGCGUUCACUUGUCGAACGAGUCGGCGACCGAGCAGUUGGACUGUUCGUUCGGGCGCCUCUCCGUCGGUCUUCCACGAAGAAGAACGCGACCGGAGGGUCGCGCUUUAAACGGUCUCUCUUCAGAGUAUCGGUCGUCGCGAGCCGAACUCGCCGACAAUUCGGUCAUUGUGUUACCGUGGUUCUCCUCGCGAGAACCGCCGAAGACCGUCGUGGACUAUGUCGAUUCUUUGAGGACAAACUAGCACUAUAUUAGUGGGCAUUAAUAACUCCGCGCUCGAUCCGGAUAAAGAACCCGCGGUUCGCCGAGAGAUACGCUCUUCCGGACCAGCUCCGGGAGGGAUUGCAAUUCUUCUUUCACCGGUUGUGUCUCGCGCCAACGAAUCCUUAGAUGAGUGAAUGGGCGGGGAGGAGUUGUAAUUAAGUGAGAACGGGUUCCGUGUGCGUACAUGUGAGAGAGAAAGAGAGAGAAAGGAAGAAAAGAGCGAGUGCGGGUGUGAAAGUGAUUACGACGGUGACGACGACGACGACAACGACGAUGACGACGACGACGACGAUAAUAACGACACUGACGGGAUGUAUAUACGUGUACAUAGCUAGAUCAUUGUCGUUUCAUCGAAUCAUUACUCGCUGCCGUUUCAAACGGCGCGACGUGCUAAUUUAUUUCAUCGAUUACGUUUUCAUAGUAUAAUUGCGAACGAGUGCUGCGGGAUCGUGCAAUACCGUCGAGGCUGACGUGGACGAUCAGCUUCUUUUCUCUGUACAUACACGCGAUAUAUCUUCCACGUUGCGCGUUCAGUUUCCCUUCGACCCGUUCGCGUUUUCCCCAAACAACAACAGCAGCAACAACAACAACAACUUUCGGACAGAAGAAAUCCGGCUCCGCGCUUUUGGCGAGAUAUUCGCAGCUGACCCUCGAUUAUCUCGGGAAAUCGCCUGAUUCGCGAAAGGCUGUCACGUGCGGUCACGUUCGGGUCAAGCCGACGAUAAAAUCGAAUGGGAUUCAAUUCGCGCGCGCGAGGAGGAAAAGUCUCCCGUUGCCGCGUGAAAAUGUCGCCGCGGGGAGCGACGAAAAGCUCGCAAGUAUUCAACGAACGAACGAACGAACGAACGAACGAAUGAACGAACGUGUGGUCGUACCGGCAUCGAAGACCUUACAUCGAAAUUACCGCGAAGGAAACGAAAACUCGUGAAGCGACUCGCGAAAUGAUUUUCGCGGGAAGCAACGCGCCGCGCCGGCGAGGCUUAUCCGUUUUUGUAAGCCGGCGACGAGCACAGCCUGCGUUUCCGAAAAAUGAUUUCCGAUAUACAUAUCUACCGACCUAUUGUUAUCGUAGUUUUUGACCGAGUCGAAGUAAAAGUGUAUUUCAAAAUAU